GUGGCGCGCAGCCCCAGAGCGAGAACCGGAGCCUAGCUGCACCGGGUGACAACGCUGAGCGGCUUAAGAUCUCCAGGAGCGGCUCGCCAUGGCUGGCCCGCAGCAGCAGCCCCCUUACCUGCACCUGGCCGAGCUGACAGCAUCCCAGUUCCUGGAAAUCUGGAAGCACUUUGAUGCAGACGGAAAUGGGUACAUUGAAGGUAAAGAGCUAGAGAACUUCUUCCGAGAGCUGGAGAAGGCAAGGGAAGGCUCUGGCAUGAUGUCAAAGAGUGACAACUUUGGGGAGAAGAUGAAGGAGUUCAUGCAGAAGUAUGACAAGAACUCAGAUGGGAAAAUUGAGAUGGCAGAGCUGGCGCAGAUCCUGCCGACUGAAGAGAAUUUCCUUUUGUGCUUCAGGCAGCAUGUGGGCUCCAGCGCUGAGUUUAUGGAGGCUUGGCGGAAGUAUGACACAGACAGAAGUGGUUACAUCGAAGCCAAUGAGCUCAAGGGGUUCCUGUCCGAUCUCCUGAAGAAGGCCAACCGGCCCUAUGAUGAGCCUAAGCUCCAGGAGUACACCCAAACCAUACUACGGAUGUUUGACUUGAAUGGAGAUGGCAAAUUGGGCCUGUCAGAGAUGUCCAGACUCUUGCCUGUACAAGAAAACUUCCUGCUGAAAUUUCAGGGUAUGAAGCUGACCUCAGAAGAGUUCAAUGCCAUCUUCACAUUUUAUGACAAGGAUGGAAGCGGCUACAUUGAUGAGAAUGAGCUGGACGCCCUCCUGAAGGAUCUGUACGAGAAGAACAAGAAGGAGAUGAACAUUCAGCAGCUCACCACCUACAGGAAGAGUGUCAUGUCCUUGGCUGAGGCAGGGAAGCUCUACAGAAAGGACCUGGAGAUUGUGCUCUGCAGUGAGCCCCCCAUGUAAAGGGGUGAAGGGACAGGGGCUGCUUCUGCACCUCCCCCAAAUCCCGCCCCCACCAUCCUGUCUCUCUAACACUCCUUCCCAGACUUCCCUCCCCUCACCCCUGUAACCUGCACACACCAGCCUGUGGAGCAGGAAAGGAGAGCAAAAUGGAGAGCUGGAGAGUGGGUGGCUGAUAGCGUUGUUCCUUGGAGCUGCACCAGCCCAACCCUGGCCGGAUGGACAGUUCUGCUUGCAGUGGGUCACCAGCCGCGUGGGUGAGGGGUGGGGGCACAGGUGGAGCUCCCCUAGUCUCUUCGCUGUGAUGCAUGAGCUCCUUCGCUGUAUGAUUUAGGCUUCUGAGUCCAACAGAGUGGACUCUUUCCUCUUGCUGACCCUGCCCUUCGCCCCAGGCCACCACCAACCCCGAAUUUCCAGGUUCUGCCCACCAGCUUGCUAACGAUGUAGCUGUCUUCUCAGAGUUCCUGUGGUCGAGGGCGAUCGCCCUCUUGUGUUCUUGGCUCGUGUGUUCCUUUCAUCCUUGGGUUUCCUGUCUUCUUGUUUACCAAAGAAGAGUUUACAGAUAUAAUAAAGUGGAAAUGUUCUGCCGUGGACACUCACCCA